AUGUCUUCGAUUGGAAAAGUUUUAUUUCUUAUUCAUUUCUUCUUCCAUAUAUCUGGUGCUUUUCAAGUUUUUUACACAAAAGUUUUAGUUUUAUUUAUUCUCUUAGAAAAAUUAAGUGACAGACACGUAAAUAAAGUGGAAGGCAAAAAAGGUUUUGGUCCAGGGGACCAACAAUGGGGAUACGUAACAGUUCGACCAAGUGCUCACAUGUUUUGGUGGCUUUAUUACGUAAAUCCGCCUGAAAAACCGACAAAUUUUGAUCCACUGUCAAAACCGCUGAUGAUAUGGAUUCACGGUGGACCAGGAGGAUCUGGUGCAGGAUAUGGUAACUUCAUGCAGUUCGGCCCUCUUGAUAUUUUUGGCCACCGUCGAAGUUACACUUGGGUCAAUGACUACAAUGUUCUGUUUAUCGACAACCCGGUCGGCUCUGGAUUCAGUUACGUGAGCGAUGAAUCUGCUUACGCGAAAAAUAACACUCAGAUAGCCAAUGACUUGUUUAGAUGUGUUAAUAAAUUUUUCGAAGUAAUCCCAACAUUCAAAAGUGUUCCAACUUACAUUGUUGGAGAGUCCUAUGGUUCGAAAAUGGGAGUCGAAUUGGCCUCUAUUUGGUAUAAAACUCAAACUUCUAACCGUAUACAAAGUAAUUUGAAAGGAGUUGUCUUGGGCGUACCCUGGAUUUCUCCAAUAAACUCAAUUCUUUCUUGGGGAUCAUUUCUACUAAAUACGGGAAUAGUAGACACUGCAGGUUACAAUGAAAUAGAAGCAGAAACUGAAAUAAUAAGACAAGCUAUAGAAGCCGGAAAAUGGACAGAAGCUACGGAUGCUAAGGAUGUUGCAUUUAAAAUCGUUGACCAAGUCAGCGCUCAUAUUUCUACUAGCAAUAUAAUAUCUGAGAGACAUUCGUAUGGAGGAAUAAAGAAUUACACUACUAUAUUUCCAAAACCACCGAAACCAGCAGAUAAUACAACAAAGCUAGUUAGUUUUAUGAACAAUGAAGUAAGGCAAGCUUUGGGACUUAUUUCUUCUUGGGUUUUGAAUCCACGAAUUGUUGUUGAUAAUAUUAGAUGUGAUAUUUUGAAACCUGUUGUCUACAUUGUCGAAGAGUUAUUGAACGAAUCUGAUUUAAAAGUUUCUGUAUACGCUGGACAAUUUGAUUUGGUUGUUGCCUUACCUGGUACUGUAAAAUGGGCGGAAAAUUUGAACUGGAAACACAUUGCUGCAUGGAAAAAAUCACCGAGACUUGCAUUUGCUGUUGAUAAUACCAUCGAGGGAUACGUCAAAUCAUACAACAAAUUGAAAAUGUUUUGGGUUCUUCGAUCGGGACAUUUGGUCGUUGAAGAUAAUCCUCACGCUAUGAAUGCAAUUUUACAAGAUAUGACAUCAAAUGAUUAAUUAAUUAAAAAUUACCUUGUUUAAUAGAAACAGAAUGUCUAAAAAAGCAGCAUCUUGACUUAUCCAAAGAAUAAUAGUAGAAUAAAAAUCUUAAUAUGAAAGAAGAUUUAAAAAUAGAUUUUCAAAUAGUUGACAUUUUAUAAACAUAUGUAAACUAAGGUCAUGCUAAAAAAUGUAAUUUUUCGAAGCAAUGAGUUGUAAGAAUU